AUGAAUAUCCUGAACACACUUUACCCUUUACCAAAUAUGAGCAAGCGGGUUUUGCCUGUCCUGCCCACGCUGAGUCAGGAAGAUGUCUCUACCAUCUGGGAACUUGUAUCAGAUUUUGUUCAACAACAGUUAUCACUCUCAAAGGGAGUUCAAAUCCCAGAUCUUGGAAUAUUUACUUUUUCAAGACAACAACUGGAAAUAGGAAACAACAAAUUUAUGGUAGCCAAAAGACCCUUGUUUUUUCUAUCAGAGAAAUUAGUACAAAAACAUGGGCUUAAGCAGAACAAAAUAUAUGUUGCUGGUGAUAUCCCAGUUGUCCCACUAACCUUUGUUAAGAUAACGUUACAGAGCCCUUUCAACAAGGAUAUAGUAGAAGGCUGCAUAAAAGAGACGCUGCAACUUUUAUCACGAUCCCUUUCUAUGCAAAAACACAUCAAGUUCACUUUUAAGGGAAUUGGUAUCCUUACUAUAAAAGAUGACAAAGUGAAGAUGAAAUUUUUUAAGGAAUUUCUUUAUGGCAUGGAUGACAGUGGAUCUUUGGUGAAGACCCUAGUAAAUAGGCCUUAUACUAUGGACUCAGUAGUUUCUAUCUCAGAGACCUCUAACAUGCGUCCCAUCAGUGUACUUUCCUUUCCAAGAGUUGACUUGAAGGAGGAUGAGAAAAAAUUACCUAUGGAAACUAAUACUGAAAAAGAUGAACAGAGUAGACUAAGCACAGCAGUAAACAAAAAGUCAGACAACAAUGGUGUCAGAGCCAUGGUCUCACCAAAGGAAGCAGAAGAAAAAGUUAAGUCUACAGCCAAUGGUAUCACCUCGAGUAUAUUGGAGCAGAAAGAAUCUGAGGCAAAGGAAUUAAACAAACAAAGAGACACAUCUCCAGAUUAUUUGAAGAAAAAGAAGCCUGAAAGUUCCAAACCUCUUUCUUGUCAGAAUCAUAAUAAGGCAGGACAGGAACUGUGCUAUGUCUGCCUGCAACGAGAACAACGAAAUAUCCCACGAAGUGAUAGGGAGGAGAAGAGAAAGCAAGAGAUCAAAGAGGAAAGUUUCCUACAUCAGUGCCAAAUGUUGACAGAAAAGAAGUCCUUACUCAGACAAAAGGUUAAGUGCUUAGCUACAAGAGAACAAAAUCAAAAAAAUGCUGCUUUUAAUCUUGGUGUGGCUGAUGCUAUAAGGAUUCACAGGAAUACAAAGCAGGAGUUCUCUAAUAUGUUCUUGUUCGAUAAAAGACCAGAAAGUACUGAUGUCAAUAUUGCAAAACAGAAGAAUUAUACCCAAAGUCUGCUACAACAAAUAAAAACCAAACAUGAAAACUUAAUGAAGGAAAAACAAAACCAAGAACUGAUAGAUGCUCUAGAGAAAGAGUGGAACAGAGAGGAGGCUAUUGCACAAAGAGAGAAAUAUCUGAAAGAUAAGAAUAAAGAGAGAGUCUCUUUUAAGAGAGAAUUGGAUUUUCAGAUAAAGAAUUAUAAGCCUUUUAGGCUGCCUGCUUCAGUGCCAGACUCUAUAGAGCCUAUUUUUGGUAAGCAGGAUGAUCAUGCACUGCUAUUAAGUCACCAGAAAGAUCUGGAAUGCCGAAAGGACCAGUUGGAGAGAGCAGCUUCCAAGCAGAGGAGGAGAAUCAUAGAGGGACUGAAGAACCAACAACAAGAUAUACAAACACUGAAGAAUAUUAGGAAAGAGUUCUUGGAAGAAAGUCUUGCUGAUGCUGAUAGAAUGAAAAGCAUAAAUGAAGAAUUAUUGGACCACUGGGGAAAGUGUGCGCAGGAGAAAAGACAGCGUGAUAAAGAAGAAAAGGCUUUUGUCAGUUCUUCCGACAAUAUCUUUAUUUUGGACCAAUGUGAUAAGUACGAGCGCUGCAAACAGUGCAAAAGAAGCAUCUGCAACAAUGGAAAGACCAAUAUGUGGCCCAUCAACAAAUUUAUGACAGGCUCCCGUGUGUAUAUGUAA